AUGCCCAAGCAGCUGUUUUCUUUUGCGGGGCUCCUCCUCUGCGUGCUGUUGAUGUGCUGCGGUAGUGGGGCUGCGGCCGGUGAUCAAAAGAAUGUUGUGGACCCAUUUACAGGGACGGCGAUUGUGUCAGGUGCUGAGUGGGAAGACGUUACAAACGGUGGUGCAUCGGUCAAGUCGCUGCGUGUCCCCAGCCUUGUGGAGGUGGACGGUGCUGUGUUUGCCGUUGCUGAGGCCCAGUGCAAGAAUGGAAACGGCAGCUUCACUGGCAUCGUGUCGCGGCACCUGAAGGGAAUUGGAUCAAAACCGACUGAAAUUCCGAUGGGUGCAGGCACAGGUUCCUUUCACACGCAGCUUCUGAAGGAAGGUGACAACGGAAUGAAGGACACAGCGCGACCAACGACACUUGUGAGUGGCAACAAUGUCUAUGUGCUGCUGGGAAGCUGCAGCCGUGCAACACCGGAGAGCAAAGAGGCUGAUCGAAGUAGCUGUAAGCUUUUGCUGGUGAAGGGGAGUGUGACUGAGAGUGGAGAGAAGAAAGUCCGGUGGAGCGAGCCACAUACGGUGGAGUUUGAGCUCGGACUGUUUGUUAAAUCCUUGACUCAUUUAUCUGCUGUCGGAGGGUCGGGUGCUGUGAUGAGUGACGGCGCACUUGUGUUUCCCGUGCAGGCCACAAAGAAUGGAAAGAAAGUUUUACUGGCCGCGCGCUUCUCCCCGUCAGAGAAUAAAUGGGGGCCUUUGGACGAUACGGUGGGAGAAGGUUGCCACAAUCCAUCGAUUGUGGAGUGGGGCGAAGGCAUGUACCGGCACCUCCUCAUGAUGGCUCCCUGCACGGAUGGCUCCUAUUAUGUGUACGAGUCUUUUAUAUCUUUGCGGGCUUGGCGUGCGUUGAAAGCGCCAAUCUCCCGCCUGUGGGGUAACUCACGUGAUAGAAAAGGGGAGGGCGUGCGAAGCGGCUUCGUCACUGCAGACAUCGAUGGAGAGACGGUGAUGCUGCUUACCACGCCGGUGUAUUCUGAGAAGGGAGAGGGUCGGCUGCAUCUUUGGGUGACAGACAAUGCCCGUGUGCAUGACGUUGGACCGGUAUCCAGUGAAACUGAUGAUGCCGCCGCCAGCUCCCUGCUUUACAGAAGCGGCAAGAAGGAGUUGAUUUUACUGUACGAGAAGAAGAAGAGCGGAGAUUCAUACGGUCUUGUCACUGUGAACCUGACUGGGACGCUGAAGCAGAUAAAGAGCGUGGUGAAGGCCUGGAAAGAUACGGACACCGCACUAAAGAACUGCGCUUCCACUGGCACUGUUGACUCGCGGAUAAAGAAUGUGUGCAAGGGUCCUAUUCCCACGGAAGGGCUGAUUGGCUUUUGGUCCAACAGUUUGGAGGGGAAUUUAUGGAAAGACGAGUACCUCGGAGUGAACGCAACGGUGCACGGUGGGAGUGUGGCAGGCACGGAGAGGGUUGUGAGGUUCCGAGGCGCAGGAUCGGGGGCGGAGUGGCCGGUGGGCAAACUGGGGCAGAACCAGCCGUACCACUUUGUGAACAGCGAGUUCACUCUUGUGGCGACGGUGAUGAUUGACGCGGUGCCGGAGGCAGACGGUCUUGCUCCUUUGAUGGGUGUGAGGAUGAAUGACGAUGCCAGCACUGUGCUCGUUGGUCUGUUCCACACGAAGGAGAGGAAGUGGGGAGUAAUUGUCAACGGGAAGCCUCGGGGGUUGUUAGAUGAAGCUGGUACGUGGCGGCCUGGCACAACAUAUCAGGUGAUACUGCAAAAGGAUGGGGAUGAGGUGUAUGUGUACGUUGACGGGAGGGCUAUAUACGACAGCGAAGGAGAUGAGAAGGGCACCGUUUCUGACGAGGUGAAAAGGCUGCUCGAGUCGCACACGAUCUCGCACUUCCACCUUGGCGGCAACGUUACGGCGGAUGGCACAACGACCAGCCACCAUGUGACGGUGGCCAGCGUCCUGCUGUACAACAAGGCACUUCUUGUCGGUGAUGAGGUCCGGAGGCUCAAAGCGAACACAGUCCCUCUCCCAUGGUUGGGUGCUACGACGCCAGUCAUAAUCCCGAAGGUUCCGCCAACGUCUGACGGUGAUGGUGAGGAAAAUGCUCUCGUGACGAAGCCUGCAAGCGCCGGGGACAACGCCACUGAGGAGCAGAUGCCUAACCCGGAAGCGGCAGUGGGCUCAGGCAGCAGCCCUGCUCCACGCGGUGACGCCGAGCAGACUCCCGCAGAGGAGACACGCGACACUUUUUCGUCCGGCACAGUUCAAACUCCUUUUGGAAACAAUGAGGGAGUGUCGCAGGGAGCUGACAACGCGCCGGUCAAUAAAACCGCUUCGCCCGAACCUCAGGCGAUUCCCCCGCCAAGCGACGCGGCGCCUCUCUCUGGAAACAGCUCCGUUAAUUUGAGGAACAUUACUGGUAUGGAAUCCGACGAAGGAAACAGCGACGGCACGGUGCGUGGGUGUGUGCCUCGGUUGUUGCUGCUUGCCCUGCUGGGGCUGUGCGGCGCGACGGCCCUCUUUGUUUAA